GGCUUGAAGGCCUAAACACACCGGCGCCGAAGCGGCGCGCCAAAAAGUCAGCCCCCAUUAUUCCGGAUGUACUAGCUCACACCGGCGCCGACUAGCCGCGCCGUGCCGCCCAACUAGUCUUCGAGCCAAUGUUCUAUUCCCUAGCGUCGCCGCCCCUGAAAAAGCGCUUUUUAAAAGCUGGUUUGUACAUCCCGGGUCCCGUAGGCACCUCCAUAUCUACUCCUCACCGCUGGAUGUCACCCUCUUUCGUUUGUGAGAAACAAUUACGAGAAUGGAUGAUGAGAGACUGGUCAUCGAGGUGGAGAAAACCCAAAUUAUGUGACCAAAGUUCCCGUCAUUAAAAAGACAAAUCCAAAAAGGACAUUGCCUGGCGAGCCGUAGCUCUGGAGAUUGGCUCUUCAGGUGAGAAAUCAACAAUGGUACGGAGCCCCCCAAGGGACAUGGAGGAAAAAAAAAAAAUUGGUUGAAAAGAAAAAAAAAAAAUUGGUUUGCGAGAUCUCGCAAAAGGUUUUGCGAGAUAUCGCAAAAGACUUUGCGAGAUAUCGCAAACCAACUUCCGGGUCAGAAUUUAACUUCCGGGUCAGAGGAAAACCAACCACAACGAUGGAGUUCGGGAGAUUCAUCGAUGUUUAUUUUGAGCUUGGCCUCAAAUAUUCGGACAUCAAAGCCAUACUUGCCAGUAGGCACGCUUUCCAGAUAAGUGAGAGACAUCUCAAGAGGAUACUGCGAGAUAGGGGACACUCUCGCCGCAAGGCGUACUCUGACCUGUCGGUCCUGGUUGAUUUUAUUAGCCACCAACUGCAGUACUCCGGACAGCUUCACGGGUACCGAUGGAUGUACGCUAAAUGCAGGGAGCAUGGACUGCGUGUGAGGAAAGAGGAUGUGCGGUUGUUGUUAAAAGAGCUCGAUCCAAGAGGAGUGUCAAGAAGGCUAGCGAGACGUCUCAGACGACGAAACUACUUCUCUAAAGGGCCGAACUUCAUAUGGCACAUUGACUCUUAUGAUAAACUUAAGCCAUAUGGCAUUUGUAUCAAUGGAAGUAUUGAUGGCUUCUCAAGGAAAAUGAUUUGGCUCAAUGCUUACACAACAAGCAGUGACCCAAAGUUGAUCGGAGGGUAUUACAUAGAAGCAGUGCAGCAUUUGGGUGGCUGUCCCAGAGUUGUGCGCGGCGAUCUUGGAACCGAAAAUGGCUACGUCAGAGGCUUUCAGCGUUUCCUCGUCCCCAUCCAGCCAGACUGCACCAUUGACAGUUACUUGGAGGGAGCCAGCACCGCCAAUCAGAGGAUUGAAUAUUGGUGGGGUUUUCUCCGUAGGGAGUGCGUGGAGUUCUGGUUAACUUUGUUUGCAGACCUCAGAGACAACGGUUUCUUUGAUGGUGGGUUUCUGGAUAAAGGUCUCCUUCAGUUUUGUUGCAUGGGACUCAUCCAGGAUGAGUUGGAUGACACUGCACAGGUUUGGAACACACACACCAUCAGGCCAUCGAAAAAUCCUAACGUCCCCAGCGGUCGGCCGAACGUGAUGUUUGCAGUACCUGAACUCUAUGGGACAAGAGACUUCCUUUCCCCAAUUGAAGAUGGUGAAUUUCAACUGUGCAAAAACGAAUGCAUCUUUCGCCAGACCAAACCGUGUGAUCCAGAUCUGUAUAAACUAUGCAACAUCUUUAUGGCUGAGUCCAAUCUCACCCUAGCAACAGAUCCAUAUCAGGCAGUGAACUUGUACAUGCACCUCAGAGAGGCCAUCAGGGCAUGUGUGUAGGUCAGGCGUAUUUUGUGGUCACAUAUGUAAAUAAUUCACCUUGCUGUUCUGUUCCUUUUAUAAGUUUGUGGUCACAUAUGUAAAUAAUUCACCUUGCUGUUUUCCUUUUAUAAGUUUCCUUUAA